GUAAUAUUUUGUUCACUUUUAGAUAAGAAUCGAUUGCACUAAAACUCAUUAUGUCUAUUAAUUAUACAAAUUAUACGAAACUAAUAAAUAGAUUUUGUUUCAUUCACAAUUUGAUGCGACAACUUAAAAUUGCUCGAGUUAUUUUUAAAUUUCCCGCGCGCGAAAUUAGCAUGGAUACGAACCUUAGAUGAAAACAUCUUUUUUCUUGGUACAUAGCCAGUCCGAGAGAUGUCGAAUUUUUUAUACACAGCGGCAAAUAUAUCGAGUAUAUAAUCUUUAGAGGCGACAAACAAACAAAAGAUUGUCAGCCCGGUAUAUUGUAUUGCAACAAAAUUAUUCGACGUCGCCGCAAAUGCUGUUUCAUUUGGAUAUUUAAUUAGAAUAUUGUGUAACAUUGUAUAAAAUUCAAAGCGCGACCUUGACCUAACGAUAUCCAUAUUGAAGCGCCUAAUAACGCAUUAGUUUGUGUCGGAAAUCGUGUAUAUUAACAAAUACAAAAUGUCGGUACCUAAAAUAGAAAAACUGAACGAAUUGUUAAUUUCGUAUUUGGGAAAUGGCAAAGCGAUAUUGGACACGAAAAUCAACCGACUCACAGCACCGGGAGAAAAUUUCGGUAGCGAAAUUCUGGAAGUGGAAGUUAUUAUAAAAGAGGAAGUUAAGAAGGUAGAAAAAUUAAAUGUCGUCGUUAAACUUAUUCCCGAAAGUGAAUUCGCGAGAACGGUUAUUAUGAAUGCGGCCGUUUCCUUUAAAAUCGAAAAAGGAUUUUAUGAUAGCGUUAUACCGACACUGCAAGCUUUCCAAAGAAACGAAGGACUUGAAACGGUUAUCGAUUGUUUUCCACAAUUUUACUGCGCUAGAAAUAACUUGCGAAAUGAAUGCGAUAUUGUCGAUGCCGACGCUGUACUGAUAUUGGAAAAUUUAAAAGUAAAAGUUUGUUUUUUUUUUAAUUCAGGUUACAAAAACGUUUGCAGAAACGCGGGAUUCGAUCUUCCGACCGCAAAAUUAAUUUUGAAAUAUUUGGCUCAAUUCCACGCAGUACCGAUAGCGUUAAAACGAAAAGAUCCGAAAUCGUUCGAAAAUAAUAUUAAGGCGUAUACGCUAGUCUCGUUUCCACCACCGCCACGUCCUCCAAUCGACCAAUUUAUGCAACUUAUCUACAUGAUAAUGAGAGAAUCGCAUAAAUGUAAAUAUCUGGUACCUAAAAUGCGGAAAUCGGCUUCGAAAUAUCGUACUCCGCGAACAAAUUUAAGGGAACCGUUUACCACAUUAAGUCAUCAAGAUUUUUGGAUUAAUAAUAUCAUGGUCAAGUUCGAUUGCGACAAUCGUCCAGUCGAUUGCAAGUUUCUCGAUUUUCAAAUUUGUAAUUACGAUUCUCCAGCCGCGGAUUUAUUCUUCUUUCUAUUUACGAGCGUUCGAAUGGACGUUUUGAAAAAUAAUUUGAAUAAUUUGAUAAAAUACUAUUUAUUUCAAUUUCAAAAAACUUUAGAAAGUCUUAAUUGCGAUUUGAAAUUUACUUACGAGAAUUUAUUGGAAGAAAUAUCGUCGAUCACCGAAUGGGAACUAGCUCAUACUAUUUUUAUGUACGCCAUGAUAAUAAAUAGUCCAAAAGGCGGUUAUCCUUUACCUAACGAUAAAAACAAAGAUUUACAAUUGACGGAAAUACCGAUUCCAGACACCACCAAAGAAAGGAUAUGGUGGAUAUGCGAGGAAUGUGAAAAAAGGGGCUGGCUUCAUUUUUAAAAAUUAAAUUUAAUAAUUGGAUAUGGUAUUUAAAUCAAUGUAUCGUUUAAUGUAAAGACGAUGUAUUGUAUUUUCUACGAGGCAUAUUUUUUAAGUAAGUACCGUUUUGCGAUUCCGCCGCCGCAAUCCCAAAGUCGGCGUUCCGCACCUACAUCUCUUGUUUACGCACCGACACCAUUACAGUCUGAUUCUUCAUCGUGAGAUCUGUCAAGUUUACGGACAAAACAUUAUGAGUGAUCAUCACCCAAAAAAGUGCAGUUUAAGCAAACGAUUUCCACCCGGACAGUGCACACUUUUUUGGGACAGAAAAGGAGUAUUGCUAAUGGAGUUUCGGCCUCGUAACGAGACAAUCUGCGUCGUGCAAUCCAGAACAGAAGACCAAUAAUCGGACCAAAGAUCUCAUCAAAUCUUUUUCAAUGGGAAACUCUAGAUCUGGCCUGAUCUUUUCCUGCACUCGAAGAAACACCUGGGCGGUCAGCGUCUUCAAGACGAUAACGAAGUCAAGUCAGUUGUGAUACAGUGGUUAACAAGAAGUCAGGCGGCAGAAUUUAAUGAGGAGGCUUCAAUUUUCACGGAAAUUAUGUAGAAAAGUAGAUUAAGGUACAGGCUUUCACGUAAAAAUAAAAUUAUCGCGAUAUCUUUGCACUUCUUUUUUUAAUUUACUUAAAAAAUAUGCCUCGUAUGAAAAAAAAAAUAUUUUUUGUAUCUCAUUAUGAGAUCAAAGUGAAUAACGCACUUCUAAAAAAGAUUAAAGCAUAUCAAAUGU